AAUCAGUACAGUCUACUCAACAGACGAGUACCACAAAAGGAAGACUAAUCCAAAUCUCCGAAGACUCCACAAUGCUGGGAUCAGUUUUCAUCUUUGUACUAGCGUUGCUAGAGCUGACUGCCGCACAAAUCACGGCUAAUUGUGCUCAACUGGAGCCCAUUUCUGUUGGUGAAGUAGAGUUUGUCGAGAAGAAAGACGAUGACUUUGAUCAGGUUAUAUUAUCAAGUGUCGCCCGCCCCUCCACUAGUCCCACUCAGACCGAGGCGGCCAGCUUGUAUUAUGACUCAUUUAAAGCUGGCACCAUUGUACCCGUCGUGGAACCGUUAUCAGGAUGUCAAGGUGACACUGGAACUCCUGGCUUCACCCAGCUAGCAGAAGUGAACCUGUAUGUGCGGUACUUGCUGUAUCAAGACUGGUACAUUAAUUACAUAAAAUGCUGCCCCGCCUCCCAGAACUAUGGCUGCCGUGGCGUCAAGACACCGCAUCCAUGUUUUUACACCUCCAUCAAAGGCAUGUUCGCCUGGUGCUGCCCCCUACAGAGGGUCGCCAUCACCAACUGCAACUGUGGGAAAUGUCUAAUGUUCUGCAACGAUUGUUUCUACCUUGGCCAAUGCAAAAGGCGCUACACCUACACCAAGUUUGCCGCCGUCUGCUUCAUCAGAUGGUGGGGUACUGUCAUCAAUGUGGCCAGUUACCUGCCCACCAGCUGCUACUGUAGGCAGACUUAGGAGCAGACGAUCUGCAGAAGUCCUUAUCCCAAGAGCUACGACAAGCAUGCAUUUU